CCUGCCCCUGCCAGCCUCACUGCCGAGGCAGAGCACAAGCAGCAAGCAGCAGGGAUCGCCGGUACAAUUGGCCAAACCAAUUAAAAAAAAAAAAAAUGAAAGAUUUCAGAAACCCGGAGGACACUGGUCUACCAGAGCCUCGAGGAGUGGGUGGCCCGAAAGCUUAUGCUGGAUGCAGUUAUUGGUGCCGCCAUGGACGAGGCAGUGCCAGAACAGCUCGUAUGGCCCAGCACCAGCUAGGAUGAUGGCGCUAAUACGAAGUACUUGAAGAGACCGCCUCCCCGGGGAUGCUUAGCCUGUUUCAUUCUUGUGGGAGCUGCUGAGCAGGAUGCUACUCCCAAGACACUGCAGACGACUGGCCAUAUUUGCCAUUGUUUUGGCGACACUCGUGUGUUGGAAUUCAUUACGGCACACUCAUGGAACGGCCGUGAUAAAUUCACAAGAUCAAUAUCCGUUGCUCACAAAAUACAUUCGAGGGAGUCGAGUGCAAGGCGGAGCUUUGCGUCUGCCGAAAGAAUGGUCAAAAGGAAUUACGAGCCCAAUUGAUUCCAUCUUAGCUGCUGCAGAACUCGUUCGGAACAAGACCAGCUCUGACCCUCAGGGCCACAUCCCCAAUUCAAAUAUACCGCGAAUAAUCCACCAGACAUGGAAGGACAAAAACAUCGAUGCAUGGCCGCAGACAUACCGUGAAAGCGCAGAAAAGUGGAUGCAGGUUGUAGAAGAGAAGGAUAUCCCAUAUUUAUUCUGGGACGAUGUCGGCGUCGCCCAGUUCAUGAGAUACUUCGAGCCAGACUUCGAGGCCGAAUUCUACUCUCUACCCAGCAAUGUCGAACGCUCAGACGUCUUUCGCAUCCUGGUCUGCAAAUGGAUUGGCGGCGUCUACGCCGACAUGGACACAGCACCCAUCCGGCCACCCACAGAAUGGAUAAGCCAAAUCGACUUACAGCCCUGGACAGACCACAAAACACAAAAGAAAUACCAGUCAAGCAAACCCGUAACUGCCGUCGUCGGAAUCGAAGCCGACAAUGACCCCGAGCGCGAUAUCUACUGGCGCAUGGGCUACUUCUUCCCCGUCCAACUCACCCAGUGGUCCUUCGCAUUCGCACCCCACCAUCCAAUCCUGCAGAUCUUCAUCGACCGUCUGCGCGCGACUAUCCGGCUAUACGCCAGGGAUGUUAAUAACCAGCAGCCACUGCCGGAUUCGCACCCAGGGGUUCUGGACUACGUUGACCCGGUGAAUUUGACCGGCCCUAUUGCGUUUACGGAUGCAGUGCGCACGUAUCUCGAGAUGGAGGGGGAUCUACGCUGGGAUGCUGUUACGGGUCUGCAGGACGGGCCUGAUGGGGGUGUCAGUAAGCUUGUUGAGGAUGUUCUUGUUCUACCGAUUACGGGGUUUAGCCCAGGGAGUCGUCGGUUUAGAGAUAUGGGAUCUAAGCCCGUUACGCAUCAUGCAGCGCGGCUAUACCACCACGCGCAAGGAUCAUGGAGGAAGUGGAAUUUGCGGGUGGAGAUGGGCAAGUUCUGUCGGACGGCGUUUGGGCUGUGUAGGGACUGGUCGAAGGUGUCGCAUGGGGAUAGUUGGAUUUUCUGAUGGUUUGAUGUCUUACGACUUGGUUAUACCCGGGCGGCGUUUUGAUGAUUUUAAUUACUUACGAUUAAUAUUUGUAUAGAAGUAUGAGUAUGAGUAUGGGUAUAGAGAAAUGUUAUGUUCUAAAAAAGG